AUGGCCUCCACCCUUCUACCAGGAUUGCGAAAUGGUGUUCUUGCCAAAGCUUCAUCUUCAACACUUCGACCAGCACUUGCGAUCGGACGACCGAUCUCAAACACUGCUAUUGCCCUUAGACCCAAUACGCCUACUUCCGCCAUCAACACUUAUGACUCCAACCCUUCAACAACCACACCAGCGACUGCACUUGCGCAAAGAGGGAGCAAUCAAUUGAGCUUAGAGACCCCUAGAAACGGUGCUGAAUAUGUUCUAUCAACACUUGAUAAAGUUGUCAACUGGGCUCGACAGGGUUCAAUGUGGCCAAUGACUUUCGGUCUUGCAUGUUGUGCGGUAGAAAUGAUGCACAUGGCUGCUGCUCGAUAUGAUCAAGAUCGAUUAGGUGUAGUCUUCCGAGCAUCCCCACGACAAAGUGAUAUCAUGAUUGUUGCCGGUACCUUGACCAAUAAAAUGGCACCAGCAUUGAGGAAAGUAUACGAUCAAAUGCCCGAACCUCGAUGGGUCAUUUCUAUGGGUUCAUGUGCAAACGGUGGAGGUUACUACCACUACUCAUACUCUGUUGUUCGAGGAUGUGAUCGAAUUGUACCAGUCGAUAUCUAUGUUCCUGGAUGUCCCCCAACAGCCGAGGCUCUUCUUUACGGUAUGCUUCAAUUGCAACGAAAGAUGCGAAGGAACAGACAAGGUGUACGGUGGUACCGAAAGUAA